AAGGUGUGUUCGCUACCUGACACUCCUUGUAGAUACAAUAGAAAGUUAUUUCAUGUACAGUAUUUGCUGACAAUGUACAGCGAUUUUGCCUAAGAACAUUUUGUGUGGGUUGUGGAUGUGGUGGUAACAAUGGCUGCUGUUAGAAGUCAUUCAUUUCGCACUGGAGGUUUGGCCCGGACCAUAUCUGAAGGGAUAUUGAUUGAUUUGGAUGAUGAAGAACCAUUCAGCAACAACAUUUUGAAAGGAAGUAAUGUUGAUGGGUCUCAGUCAGGAAAUCAUUUAGACUGGCUUAUUUUAAAUGCCGAUGAUAAGCCUGCCACCCAGAGCUCCAACCCAUUUUGGAAUGGACUGUCAGAGUCAAAUCCGUUCCUGGAUGAUAUUGUCCAUACAGGUGAAAAUCAGAAAGCAAAUGCAAAUGUGUCUAUAUUGAAAGAGGAUCCCUCUGCAAUAUUUGGUGAUGACAAAACAGAGUCAUUCUGCUCUUCAUCUGAUGAAAUGGAUGUUAAUCAUCUGCUGAAUUUUCAAACAACCAAUUCAAAGUCUGGAAGGUGUAAAAGCACUUCCGAUCUCUUGGAUAUCCGAAACGAAAAAGAACCCCCUAAACAAAACAAUGUUACUGCAAGCCAGUUUUUGACUCCAGAUUUUGAGUGGCUUCAGAAUGACAAAGAAGCAUACAAAAUGGCGUGGCUGAGCCACAGGCAACUCACUAGAUCAUGCCUUGAUUUGGGCGUGAUAAGUAAGAGCCCUGGUUGGGCUCAGACCCAGGCUGCAGAGACACACGUGGUCUGUAAGGUUGACUGUAAUGGAGGGUCUGUACAGUUACCUGACUCUGAUAUCAGCGCCCAUAUACCUCACGGCCAUGUUGCACCAGGAGAAACUCAGGAACUUGCCUUAAAGGCUGUUCUUGACCCACCGCAAGGACUAAACAAUGACUAUUCAACAACAGUGAGCCCCCUUUUGGAAGUCAGAGUCAGCAACCUCAGCACAAAGGAAUAUAUUUCAUUAGAGAUGAAAAUUGCUGCUGAGAUCAGGAAUGACCCAAUGAGCCAAGUCAUGACUGAAAUUGUCUGUCUGUGUGGCCAAAAAAAAGAAGGACCCUAUAAAAAGAUGCAGAACUGUUACAUUUAUAAAGACACGUUACAAGUGAAGUUGGAAACAUUAAGCCCACGUAUGUAUAUUAUCGCAGCAGCAAAAGCAAAAUGUCUUCAGCCUCCAGCUUCGUCAGUUUGGGAUUACAUUUCUAAACAAAUCACAAUUGGAGUUUAUGGUCCAAAGCACAUCCACCCAUCUUUUACAGCAGUGUGCGCAGUUUUCAAUCAUAAUCAGAUACCGGAACAACUUGCCGUCUCAGAUAUGAAAAAGGCCCACAAAAAUUUGCCACCAGUUGUGCUGCAGCUUUGGGGGAAGAAUCAGUUCCAUCUUCAAAAACUGCAAGAUCUGCAGAUUGAAGCUUUUCCGCUUGAUUCUAAAUUUGAAGUCAAAGCCACAGAGCAAAUUAAACGGAUAAAACUUGUGCAGUUAAAAAUGGGCAGAGUGCUCCGGCCCCAGUUUCCAUUGUCUAUGGCUAGCACAGGAGAACAUUGCUCCUUUAACCUGUCAAUCCGAGUUAAAGAUUUAAACCAUGACAUUUUGUCGCAGUUCAGAGUGAAAACCCCUGGUGCUGCACCAAAAUCUGCUGACAAUUACCAAAAAAGACGAAAGGAGGUUGGACGAUCUGCUCCUAUACCUGAGACAGCAGUUUUAAAAUGCCCUAAGUUUCAGGAUAGGGCAGUUAAGAUAUCGCGCUAUGGGGUUGCCUUGAAAUCCGUGCUUAGGCAGCCAAAGAUUGAAUACCUGUUGGAGUAUUUCAAAGGAGAUACAAUUGCACUUCUUGGAUUAGAAAAGGUGAAAGCAAUAGGAGUAGCCAAAGUGAAAGAGUGGUACAUUGGGUUUCUGCGAGGAAAGGUUGGUCUGGUGCAUUGUAAAAACGUCAGGGUAAUUUCGAAAGAUCAAGUCGUUGACUUUACUGACGUGACACUCAGCACCAGAGUUCUCCUUGAUCAAAUCGUACUUCCAUUUAAGAAGCUGACGUAUAUGUACUCUGCAAUUCAGACUCUGUGUACUGAGCAAAUCCCCAGUUGGAAGGCCUUUGCUGAAGCACUUGGGUAUCCUUGUUUGUCGCUUGAAGACAUUAGCAGAACUCAGGCACAAAGUGAAGCAGACAAAGUGGCAUGCGUUCUAGAGAAGUUGAAGGAAGACUGUUAUUCAGAUAAAAGCAAUAGGAAAUUCCAGCAUGAGCUUUUAACUGCACUUUUCAAGAUAGAUUGUCAAGGCCUUGUUGCGCGUCUUACUCAAAACACGGUCAUCCUGACAACUGCUGUAGAGCUUGGAAUCCGAUGGAGGGAGCUUGCUGAAAAAGCAGCAAGACUAACGAAAGCUCAGAUUGAUGGUUACGAAGCACCUCACAAGGGAAAGAAUGGAGAAGUUGCCUCUGAGGCAAUGUGGAAACCUGCUUACGACUUUAUGUAUACGUGGAGCGCACAUUAUGGAGAUGUGUACAGCGAUAUGUUACAAGAUCUGCACUUGGCAUUAGACAAAAUGAAAAGCCCAGUCACCAGGCAAUGGAGACAGCUCACAGGAGUGCUUAUUUUAGUGAACUGCAUGGAUAUACUUAGGGCUAAUGCUUUCCACACAACCGAUGAGGAGCUGAAAUAUGUCCAAUAAACACACCCUUCCCUUCUUGUAGGGUGGUGUACAGUAGGCUAGGGUUAUUACAAUUGAUAGCUUAUUCUUUUUUGGUAAGGGAUUUGAGAGAAAUAAACUUCAAAUGGUGUUUGGGAGGGGAACAAGUAUGUAUUAAAAAUAGCAUUUUUUUUCUCUUUAUAGAGGUGAUAACUGUUAAUGCACUCACUGAUUUGAUCAAAUAUAUUAAAAUGCUAUUUUUGUUUUGCUUUGACCUUUUAUGAUUUUUGCAGAUCUUCAGUAUGGCUCUGAUGUAAUGUUAAUUUGAACUACUGUACAAAAACUUGGUCUUAUUUAGUCCUAUUUUAGUCCUGCUAUUAAUAAUAUUAUACUGUGAGAAGUUGCUACUCUCAAUGUAGUUAGCUACUUCGUUCGCCAAGUCUCCUCCCACUAGUACUAGAAAGCUUACAUUACUGAAAAAAAACUUGUCUAUUAAAUACAGUGUUCUAGGUUGUAGUGAAGCUGAUCAUUUACAGUAAUAUAUAUUGUAUGCUCUUGAUGUAUGAAAUUGACAAGUACCAUGGAAUCAAUCACCACCACAGUUGCGACUCUGUCAAGACGCAAGAGAAAACGCUUGUAUAUGGUGUUCAUGCGAGAAAGGGAAAAGGGCUCUCCGAUUGCAGGACCAGCACUCAAAGAGAAAGCAUUGUUAUUCCAUAGUCCACUAAAUCCAGAGUACAUGUUUUAAAGCUAGUGAUGGAUGGAUGUGCAGAUUUUUUAAAAACAUGGCAUCGGGCGGCUUUGCUUAGCAGGGGGAAAAAACAGAGUUAGAGCCAUUUAGUCAGAAAAUACUUCAGUGUAAUACUAAGGAAACACGGUGUUUGGGGCUAUGCUAAUGUGUAAAUAAACCUUUAUGGUACAAUA